AUCCGUACACUUGUGGAAAAUUUUCUUCACCUUUCCUUUAACAUAUGAUCAUAGACUUCGAUCAAUACGAUUAUUUUACACAUUUGGAUAUUAACACAUUCCACAUCCCAAAAUGCCACCUUCCAAUACGAUCAAUCUACCUUUCUCUACUGGAAAACGUUGCGUAACAGUGAGCUCAAGCUUGGUUCUAGCAGUUUUAGUUGCUCUCACAGUUCAAGUCUUCUACUUCUCUCCCAUAGAUCCAAUCGUGCUUCAUAUAAAACCCGCUACUUUAACCAAAAACAACAAAUUACAGAAUAUCAUUAAAAUUGGAGAAGGAUUUUUGAAGGACCCAGAAGAUGUUUGUGUGGAUAAAGAAGGGAUUCUCUAUACAGCUACUCGAGAUGGUUGGAUUAAAAGAUUGCGUAAGAAUGAAAAUUGGGAGAAUUGGAAGCAUAUAGAUAGUGAUGCUUUGCUUGGAAUCACAACCGCAAAAGAUGGUGGCCUCAUUGUAUGCGAUGCGGCUAAGGGUUUGCUCAAGGUUACAGAAGAGGAUGGUUUCAGUGUUCUCCUUUCACAAGUAAAUGGUUCUCAAUUAAGGUUUGCGGAUGAUGUGAUAGAAGCAUCCGACGGGAAUAUAUAUUUCACUGUUGCUAGUAACAAAUUUGAUCUUCAUGAAUGGUUUCUGGAUAUGCUAGAGGCAAGACCCCAUGGACAACUUCUCAAGUACAAUCCCACGUCAAACGAGACCGUUAUUGUUCUUGAUAAUGUGACAUUUCCCAAUGGUGUAGCACUCUCUAAGGAUGAAGAUUAUCUUGUGGUUUGUGAAACUUGGAAAUAUAGAUGCCUCAGACACUGGCUAAAAGGAGCAAACAAAGGCAUGACAGAUAUUUUAAUUGAAAACCUUCCUGGUGGACCUGAUAACAUCAAUCUUGCUCCUGAUGGGUCAUUUUGGAUCGCUUUGAUUCACUUGACUUCUGAAAGACUUGAGUUUUUGCAUUACUCUAAGAUAUCCAAGCACCUGGUUGCUUCAUUUCCAACGCUAAUAAACUUGGUCAAUGGUGCAAGGAAGAAAGCAAUGGUGGUGAAUGUGGCAACCAACGGCAACAUAAUCAAAGAGUUUGAUGAUAAUGAUGGCAAGGUGAUUAAUUUUGUAACUUCAGCUUUAGAGUUUGAGGACAACCUUUACCUAGGUAGUCUUAAUUCCAUGUUUAUUGGAAAAUUACCACUUUUUAGUACAUGAACUAGUGAAGUUCAGUCCUCAUUGAAUAAUAUAGUAUGUUUUUGCUUAGGCUAAGUCAAUGUAGGAGAAUUAAUCCUAUCUGUCAUGUAAAUUUGUUGUUCGCUUUUGUUAGUUAUAAAAUUAGUAUUUUAUCGAUGUGUAAAAAUCAUGACAAGUGCUUGGGUUAAUUUAAUCAGAAGGAUAAGUCAAAUAUUGUUC